AUGCCGUCUGGAUCCCAACCAUCUUCAUCUGCUACCCCCAACCCACCUGCUGAGCCUCCACUGCCCACCGAUUUCAAAAUCUAUAGGGCCCCAAAUCGUUCCCAGCUCCAGCUUGGCAGCCUGCCACCUCUAUCGGAUGAUUAUUUCAAGCCAACUACCGCAGAUCUGCAGGCUGCACAGGCUACUUUGAGCGCUCGCACUCAGGCGCUGGUCAACGCUCCUCUUCAGCUUCGCAAGGACAGAGAAGCAGAACUGCAGGCGAAGCGCGACCGGUGGCCAGAGACUAGGAUCCGAAUAAAGUUCACGGAUGGGAUUCAGCUUGAGAAGUCCUUUACGUCGACGAGCAAGAUCAGAGUUGUCUACGCCUUUGUCCGCAGUUGCUUGAGAGAGGACACGAAGCCGAUCAAGUUUGUUCUUUACCAGCCUCCGAAAUAUGAGCUCAAGGUCUCCGAUCCUAAAGUGCGCGAUCAGAGCCUUGCAACACUGCAGCUUGCCCCGUCCAGUGUCUUGUUGCUGAGAUUCGAGGACGAUAGGCUGAAUCACGUCAAUGUACCAGCUCCUCUUGACUCAGCAGUCUUGUCGCAAGCUAUUGACCUUCCUCCACCACCUGCGUCGGUAGAGGAUGCGCCAACGAAACCUGCACCUUCUACAUCCAAACCAUCAUCUUCUGGAACAAGCAAGGGGGAAAUCAAGGUGCCAAAAUGGCUCAAGCUGGGGAAGAAGUAG